AUGACGAUGAAUUUUGUGACUUUUAACCAGGACUACAGCUACCUGGCUGUUGGUACCUCGAAAGGCUAUCGCAUAUUUUCGACCGAUCCGUUCGUAAAAAGCUAUGAAACGAAAGAAGGAAACAUCGCCAUGCUAGAAAUGCUUUUUUCUACAUCGCUAGUUGCACUUAUACUCUCUCCACGACGACUCCAGAUUACGAACACAAAGAGACAGUCGGUUAUCUGCGAACUGACCUUUCCUACAACUGUGCUCGCUGUUCGACUAAAUCGGAAACGACUAGUAAUUGUUCUGGAAGACCAGAUCUAUGUCUACGACAUUCAGACAAUGAAACUGUUGUACACGAUUGAAACAUCUCCUAACCCAAAUGCAAUUUGCGCAUUGUCUCCUUCAUCUGAUAACUGCUACCUCGCUUACCCGCUUCCCCAAAAGGCUCCGCCGCCAUCAUUCACUGCUCCAACUCACACUCCCCCCGGAAAUUCACAUAUUGCUCCCACCUGUGGAGAGGUGCUAAUAUUCGACGCCCAGAAGCUUGAAGCCAUCAACGUCAUAGAGGCGCAUAGGUCGCCGCUAUCAUGUGUUGCAUUAAAUAAUGAUGGCACCAUGCUCGCUACCGCGUCGGAUAAAGGGACAAUUCUCCGCGUCUUUUCGGUACCUGACGGACACAAACUAUACCAAUUUCGCCGAGGGUCGAUGCCAUCUAGAAUAUAUAGUAUGUCAUUUAACACCACAUCGACUUUGCUAUGUGUCUCUUCUGCCACGGAGACUGUCCAUAUAUUCAAGCUAGGCCACCAAGGUACUACAGCCACCGGCUCACCUGGUAGCAUGACUGGCCAGCCGCCGGGGAAUCGUCCCCGUGAAAAUUCUGGAAACCAAGGACCGGAUAUGGACGGAUUUCUGGGCCGCAAACAUGAUGGCACAUUCAUGGGCCUGAUAAGACGGACAUCACAAACAGUCGGAACUUCAGUUGCGGCUACUGUAGGCGGGUAUUUGCCCAAAGGUGUUACCGAAAUGUGGGAGCCGGCGCGGGACUUUGCCUGGAUCAAACUGCCCAAGCAUACCGCGGGCACUCAGCAAUCGCGGCCUGGACCCGUGAGGAGCGUUGUUGCGAUGAGCAGUAAUACGCCACAGGUGAUGGUAGUGACGAGCGAUGGCAUUUUCUACGUUUUUAACAUCGAUCUUUCCAAGGGAGGCGAGGCGUACUCGACUCCAGCGAUAGGCUCGGAUCUUCAGCUGCAGAUUACUGACCUAGACCAACUGAAAGAUAUUCGCGUCCAAUGA